AUGUCUUCACAGAGUAAGUUACGGCCUCCAUCACGACCGGUUUCUGCCAUUAUUGCAACUACUCACACUAAUGUAACGAGUCAAACUCACGUUACUACACAGGGGUUGAAAACAACAAUCACAACUUUGAAUUCAACCACAGAUGGUCUGAUUUCAUCAUCGGCACCGGCACCGGCACCGGCACCGUCAUCAAAGACGAAUUCUUUUGAUGGUAUUGAUCGAUUAUCUGGUGGAGAAUCGUUUGUAUAUCAACAGGAAUUUAGCAAUGGAGGCAAUUUUCCUACUGAGUCAAAUUCACAUGAUUUGCAGGAGAUUGACUUUCUUUAUACUUUAUAUGGCACUUCUGCCUCUACGGCAGCAACAGCAGCACCAACAACCAAACAGAAGGCUAAAACCAUCACUAUGACAAAUGCAAGCAAACGACAGUAUUUAAUGAAAACCCUACCGAAGCUAACCUACGAUGAAGAUUUGAAUUUACAAUUGCAUUUUUUCUUAUCAACUAUAAUGAUUCAAUUUGUAAAUCUGUGGUACUUGACCAAGUUCAACACUCGUGAAAUGAAAUUCCUUAAUAUUUUAUAUGACGAUGUGAUGGUUAGAUUUGUUAAGGAUUUGGCGCGGAGAAUUGAGCAGUUGAAUGCUGUGCAAGUAUUGGAUGAGUUGAUAUCCAUUUUUGAUCAACAUAUUGAAGAAUUUCUGUGUACUACAAAAGAUGAGGAAAAGAGCGGAUUCCGCGUGGUUAGCGAACACUACAAGCGAGCAAGAAGUACAAAUAGUCUCUAUUAUGACGCAGACUCAUGUCCGAGGGAUGUGCUUGAUUUGUAUUUAUCACAACAGCACUUGAUUUUUGAGGAAGGCAUCGAAGAAGAGAAAAACCAACUUGAGAAUCCCCAGCACCUUUUGUAUUUUCGAAUAAUGUCCAAACAGAUAUUAAAGAAAUCAUUGCAGUACGGCGGCGGCGGCGGUUGUGAUUAUGAUGAUGAUGAUGAUGAUGAUGAUGAUCAUUGGAAAGACCCUAUUUUUACAUCAAAGAUAGCUGGCGAUAUAUUGGUUUUGAUCAUGGGAGAUAUUGUGUUGAAUAAGACAUUGGAAAAACUAUCAACACCAGAGUUUAUUUUGAAAACUAUUCAUAACCUUGUUUCAUCUAUGUUGCAAAGAAUGUCGCAAAGAAAAGAAGAUGAAAAUGACAAGAUUGCGUUAGUUCCAGUGAGUGAAAAAAUCCGAAGAAUGUUGACCGCGGCCUGUUCAUUCAUUGUUCGUCUUGUUGCGCUAUCUUCGGUUUCAAAUGAGGCAGAGCCAUCAGAUAUUGUUAGCUCGUCGAUAUUUAAGCUUUUGGCAAGUGUGUGUUACAUAAUCAUGCCCAAACCGUUACUUUACCAAGCACUUGUCACAUUACAAACAGUGAUUCUUAGCUGUUCACAAGUCAAUUCUUGGAUUAAUACCGUUUUCAUGAAUUGGUUUUCCCAGAUGAUGGCGGAUUUUGACAUUCCCGAGAAAGUCGCGAGUUUGGUAAACAAUCUAAGAAUACUGCUUUUUUAUUCAAACAAUGAAGCUACAGAGAAGGAGAGUUUACCCCCUACAACUGAUACUGAUGUUUUGACGGAUAAGACAAUUGAGUUGUUUACUCUCUUGCCUAUAUCAAGAGGUGCAGAAUCCUCAAAUGAACAAAGGAAACUUAUUAAGCGGGUCUUGACUGUUUUUGCAGAGAACAACGAAGUUGACCCGGAACAUAAAGUCAACAAGUAUUUGGUAAUCAAGCUACUAGAUUACCUAGUUCGCACUCUUUAUAACGAGAUAUAA